UAUAGCUACACAUCUGAAAUAUGUAUACUUAAUGGAUCUCACAUUUUCUAAUUACUUACUUUAAAAGAUAAUAUCUGAAAGCUCGGGGUGUUUGAGACGGCUCUUAUCUCCAGAUAAGGAAAGAGAACUCAAACAAAACCAUUUCUGGGAAACCGAGGUCCAUUUCUUCCCUAAAGUCAAACCACUUCAAAGAGUCUAGGCUAGAAUCCAGGUCCGGGUAGACAUCAUUAAUUUCAUAAAGCCAGAUGUCACCUGGCAGAUGCCUGCCUGAGAGCCUAAAAGGGCGUGUUGUAAAGCAGGUGCCCAGGAUCAUAAAAUGAGCUGAUGUCUAUGAAUGACCUAAAUCCCAGUAAAGUAGUUACUAAAAAGCAGCCUGAUGACUGAUUGGAUACAAUAAGGGCUAGAAGAAGUCUUGUUGAUACUAACACAUUAUCCAAACUUCCUGAUGUCUGACCCAGGACUUUGGUAAAGGACAUUUUCUCAACACUGCCUUCACUGCAUACCCAGCCCCAGGUUUCUCAUAUGACUGUGUAACCUAGAAGUCACCUUCAGACACCUUGGAGGGUCUAUAGUCGGUAAACUUAGAUAAGCUGAUGAAAAUUUACUUACUUGUAUCAGGAAAGGAGAGGUCAGCACAGGGGCAGUUAGGAGAGGCUGGGUUGGGGAGCAGAUUAUUUAACAAAGGGAAGCACAUAUAAGAGAAGGUAAAGAAAUAUUCCACUCGCAAAUCGGAGUACCUGUGGAUGAGAGACGUGGACAGGAGAGUGAGAUGGCCUGGUUUGCCCUCUACCUCCUGAGCCUUCUCUGGGCUACAGCUGGGACUAGUACCCAGUCCCGGAGUUCAUGCUCGGUUCCCUCAGCCCAGGAGCCCUUGGUCAAUGGCAUACAAGUACUCAUGGAGAACUCGGUGACUUCAUCAGCCUACCCAAACCCCAGCAUCCUGAUUGCCAUGAAUCUGGCUGGAGCCUACAAUUUGAAGGCCCAGAAACUCCUGACUUACCAGCUCAUGUCCAGCGACACCAACGAUCUAACCAUUGGGCAGCUUGGCCUCACCAUCAUGGCCCUCACCUCCUCCUGCCGAGACCCUGGGGAUAAAGUAUCCAUUCUACAAAGACAAAUGGAGAAUUGGGCACCUUCCAGCCCCAAUGCUGAAGCAUCAGCCUUCUAUGGGCCCAGUCUAGCGAUCUUGGCACUGUGCCAGAAGAACUCUGAGGUGACCUUGCCGAUAGCCGUCCGCUUUGCCAAGACCCUGCUAGCCAACUCCUCUCCCUUCAAUGUAGACACAGGAGCAAUGGCAACGUUGGCUCUGACCUGCAUGUACAACAAGAUCCCUGUAGGUUCAGAGGAAGGUUACAGAGCCCUGUUUGGUCAGGUACUAAAGGCUAUUGUGGAGAAUAUCAGCACGAAGAUCAAAGAUAAUGGCAUCAUUGGAGACAUCUACAGUACUGGCCUCGCCAUGCAGGCUCUCUCUGUAACACCUCAGCCACCUAAAAAGGAAUGGAACUGCAAGAAGACUAUGGAUAUGAUACUCGAUGAGAUUAAGCAGGGGAAAUUCCACAACCCCAUGUCCAUUGCUCAAAUCCUCCCUUCCCUGAAAGGAAAGACAUACCUAGAUGUGCCCCAGCUCACUUGUAGCCCUGGUAAGACAUCCACCUCUUCUUAUGUCAUAAAGCAGCAGCUUAUGCCAGAAAUGACAUGUGGAUCAAUACAGGGUCCAGUGUUACUUGUUGUCCUAGAAGAAGCACAGCGGCAAAAUCCUAUGUUCAAAUUUGAAACCACUAUGACAUCUUGGGGCCUUGUCGUCUCUUCUAUCAACAAUAUCGCUGAAAAUGUUAAUCACAAGACGUACUGGCAGUUCCUUAGUGGCAUAACACCUUUGAAUGAAGGGGUUGCUGACUACAUACCCUUCAACCACGAGCACAUCACAGCCAAUUUCACACAGUACUAAGGAAGAGGUGGGUUCAGCUUCUAUCAAACAUCUUCAAAGGAUGGGUGAAAUAUUUUCCAGUUCAUUUUAAAUCUAUGCAAAAAAGUGAAUGCCUGUGAUGCUACCAUAUUCUUGGUAAAAACAUGGAAAACCACUAUGUAGAAUAAAUAUGCAAAGUUCAUUGGAGUCUCAACAUCUAUGACUCAUGAAAAUAAAAUUUUCAGCUUCUCAA